UUUCGCGUGAACACCCCCCUCCUCCCCACUCCCACGCGCUCUUUUUUUCUGGGUGCCUUCUGUGAGCUUUAGGAUGGGCACAAUACUGCAGGAGCGGGUACCACAACAAUGCCCGGAGAGCCGGGUCUCCGUCAGGGACAAGGAGUGGAAGAAGAAGGCGGCGUGGAGCAACAGCAGGCCUAGUGUGGCCAGCACCAAAAUGGGCAGGCGGCAGUCACAAAGGAAGUCACUGCAGCCGCAGCACACGCUGCCGAGUCAAGAAAAUAACAGUGAGAAGAAGCUGCAGCAAAGAAGAAAGCAGAAACCUAACACCCCCUCGACCAAACGCGUUACAUCUCAACACAGUGCUCAGGGAACCUCAGAGCCAAAGUCCCGCCCACUGUCCCCCGCAGAGGACAGGAUGGAGCUGAAGGUGUGGCCGGCUGCUCAGCACUGCGGCCUCAGGGAACACAAGCACGGCGGUUUGAGAAGGAGCAGACACACACCGGCCUUUCCCUGCCACCGCCUGCCUUGUUUGAGUCCUGGUCCACAUGAGACGCCAUCCCAAAUCCCAGAGGUAGGAAGCCCGGGCGGCCAUGAAGAGGGGGACAGUGACACCGACCUCUCUGAGUUGGAGAAACUUCCUGCGUCGCCCUGUCGUCGGGUACCUCCACAGCUCCAGCUGAGGCCGGAGCUCAUCGAGGACGACGACUGCUCUUCUUGCAGCCGUGGACCCAGAGGACACACCCACGGUCGUUUGGACUUCCCAGACUUCCUCCCUCCGCCUUUCAACUCCUGGAGCCUCAGUCAGUUGGCUGUCUUCUACAACACAGAGGGUCGUGGGGCCCCUCGGCCCCAGCCCGUGGGCCCUUUGGAAAGGUACCUGGAAAGGAUGCUUCAGCUGGAGUGGCGCCAGAUUCAGACUGUCCAGGAUGAGGGCAGGACGCCGUCGGUGUCGGACGGCGUAUCCAGCUGCCACAAGUUGCCUGCUGCCGCCGCCUCGUCACGCCUCAGCUCUCCGAAGUGCAUCCUCCAGUGUCAACGUGCCUUCCCCCUCACCUUCCUCUCCACUCUGGCCAGUCACUGCGCCCUGCUCUCCGGCUGCGCUUGCACCCUCUGCCGCAUCCGCUACUGCGCCUGCAGCAUGUCGCCAUCGUGCUGCCGCUCCACCCGCCAGUCCAGACUGAGUCCCACACCGGAGCGCGGCAGGGGCCCUGCGUCGCUCCCCAAGAGGAGCUACAGCGAGAGCCGGGUGCACUCAACGGAGAGGAGCUCUGGGGCCCGAGCUCAGAGGUUCGGCAGCCCCGCAAGGACCAACAGCCACCUGAAGAGAAUGCAGGCCUCGGGAAACAUCCGCAACCCUGUGCACGGUGCUAACGCGAAACCUCAGUCCACUGCCAGAGACUCGAGUGUCGGGGACUGCUUGGGAGCGUGGGGAGGCGUGUCAGACUACAGGCCCGGGGGGUUUCGGAGGAGAAGUGGCUCUGAGCAGAGAAGAGGUGGAUCCGAGAGACAACAAGGUGCUGCGGAGAAAAAACGAAGCGGCUCCGAGUGUAGAAGAGGGGAAGCCGAGCGGAGGAGAAUAGAUGAGAUCAGGGAAUGGGAAAUAAAACCAGAUGCCGUCACUGCAAUAAUGGACAAUUUAUCUGGGUCCAAGAAUUGUCCAAUAAACAGACCGAAACAGGUUGAAUUUGUCACAUAGUAGCAAGCUGAGGGCUAUAAGUGCAAUCGGUUUGCCAUCAGUCAUGUUUACUAUUUAAUUAUGAAUGUAUAUCUUCUAUAUAUUUUUCUUAUUUGACCAAGCUGUGACAAAGUGCAGCAAGAUCGUAAAUGUACUUUUUCUAUUUUGAGUGGAUGUUUUUUUUUGUUGCCAUUUACAGUUGAAUUAUGAAAUGUAAUCCAACGCUGUGAUUGCAGUCAAAUAAGCUAAUGCGACUGUGGAUGUUUACAUGCAUUAUCCAUCAUACAUACAAUAAAUCCUUUGAGCAUGUGGAUAUUUAUUUUAGUUUUACAUAUAAAUCAACUCUGCAAUACACAUUGUAUAUAUUUGUAUGCAGGAGUUUUCAACACCACUAGCCCAAAAGAAAUAACUGCAUAAUAAACGUAAUUAAAGUUUACACCAAUUGU